GAGAGCAAUCAACUCCCAACACCUUUAUUUUAUUUGAUUGUAAUGAAGAUGUCGGAGAGAUUGCAGCAAUGGGGUGGCAGGGCGAUGCCAAGAUUCUCCUUUAGAAAUGCUACAAUCAUCGUUUGUUUCUUGAAUUUGAUCACUGCCCUAUUCUUGAUCCACGGAUUUCUUUCUCCUUCCACCUCCAAUCGAUCCGAUUCAGAUCUAGUUCUUCUCAAGUAUAUCAAGGAAUCUGAAGAACUACGUCAUGCUAUGGAACCCGUAGAACUUAUAAAAAGAGUUAGAGAAAUCGAGCGAGAAACACAAGAAGAAGUUGACGUGCAAGAGAAAGAUGCAAAGCAAUCUGCCGCACUUGACUUGAUAUCGAGAUUGAAUAACCAUCGCUCUUAUUCAGAUGCCGACAACCAAAAAGCUCUAGAGGAAUGGCGUAAACGAAAGAUGGAACGAGCAAGACGACGUGGCCUCGGUAGAAACGGGACCAUCGCCCCUCAAGAAUGAAAUCUUCAUUCCAACUCCAUUCGUAACAGUUACUUUUUUUAUUACAGUUUCUGCAUAGGAAGGGCUUUGUCGGUUCUAGAGCUGUAUGGCAGUGGACCUAGACCACUGUCUUAAUGGCGCCUUCAGGUUGCUGAUACUACUUUUAGAAGACGACAAAAAUGGGUUCAGGUUGAAAAUAUGAAUGUAAUAUAUUUGUACGUACAAGUAAUAGGUGUCUUUUCUUUGUAUGCUUACAUACAUACAAAUAUAUAUAGGUACAGGCUUAGUUGC